AUGAACGCUGCCCGUAGUCCUCUGUCCGUAGUAUUCCUGCUACAUAUCGCUUUGGAAUUCCCAAUAGUCGUCCAAGGGCUAUUCUAUCCUGCCAGUCUUCCGUUCUUGCAGCUGAAUAACACGGCUCUUGUGUUAGUCAAGCCUUGCGAGCUGUAUCAUGGCACUUUUGUGCUAUUCUCUACCUGGUGCGCCUUCCAGCUCGUCCUCCUUGCAGCACCCGUUCCUAAUCCGGCUACUAUCUCCCGACACGUCGUAGAAUUCCUUCCUGGCAAACGCGCACUGGCCAUUGCUCUAUGCGUCUAUCAUACGGCCUGUUCGACGGUCAUCUACCAAGCACCCCGCUUCAUCCCUCAUACAUUUGGGCCUGCUGCUGAAGCACUCAAGAUUACACCUGAGAAUAUCUGGGGAACCCUCCACGGUAUCGUUGGACUCACUAUGGUUAUCUGGUGGCAGGGUACGGUGCAUUUGGCGCACUUGAUGAGGCAGGCGUUGGCUGGGGCCGGGGUGCAGCAAUGA